AUGGAAGAGAAGUAUGAACAGAUGGUUAAAAACUUGUCUUCUCUAACUGCAGUAAGAAACCAAGCCAGAAUAAAAGAUGGUCUGAAAGAGGCUUUCAAGAAAAGUAUGGAACCAGUGGUUGAUCUUGUGAACAAACGUUUCUCACAAAUGAGCUUGAAAGGAAACCCUGUUAAAACUUUGAAAGGGGUAUCAGAUGAAGAGAUCACAUCCAUCUUAGAUAUCACUGGUGUUGGCUUUGGAGCAGAUAGUCAAGUAGCCGCAGCUGACACAAAAAGCGCUGAAUUGAAGAAAAGCAAGCAUCUGCAGGAUUUCUUUGAGAGGCAUGCAGAAUCCAGCCACUACUGCCUCCAGUUAAAGAAGUGUUCAUCCCAUGAAUGUGGCUACUGCUCCGUCAACCCAGUCCGAGAUCAGGAUGUUUUUGACCGCCUCAGGUUCCUCCCUGAACCAAAGCCGGACGAAAAUGGUGAACACUACCUACCAUUCAGUGAGUUGUUUGGGAAAGCCCUGACCCGUGACAAGUACAGACCCUCAACCAGACCAUGUGGAACCUAUGAUGAGGAAUUACAAAACCAUGAUAAAGAGAAUCGAGAAAUUUUGAGGAAUGAGAAGCUUCGAGAUGCUGUCCUUUGCGGAGAAUGUAGCAGGCCAAGAUGUGUCUUCAGUCCAAACAAGCUUGACCGACAACAGGAGGAAUUCUUGCGGAACAUUAAGGCAUGCCAUUCGUAUAUCUGUGGAGAUCAGUUGGAAGAUGCACCUGACCUCUAUGUUCGGAGAUGCGUGACCUGCAGCUCUGAGGUGGAAACAGCUUAUUUCUCAGCCAAGUGUCGGCAUUACCUACCACCAGUGUGCAUCCACUGUGGAUCUCCUGAUUGUCUGUUAGAUGACAACGAUGCAUAUGUUGCAGAUUUGUAUACAAAAUAUUCCAUAGUCAGGCCAAUUUGUGUGUCUUGUCGACAUUCUGGAAAAGAGGCAAAAACAUGGGGCGCCAAGAAGUUUGUAAAAAAACAAAAAGUCAAAUGAACUCAUUCAAGCCUUCAAAAGUUCUUACUUUGAUUUGGUUUGUAAAUGAGACCAAAGCAAAAGUAUGUGUAUAUGAUGACCAUCAUCAUCAUGUUUAUAAAUGUUAACAUGUUGUGAUUGAAAAUGAAAAAUCAUGGAUUGGAAUAAAGAGCAAAUGCUUUAACUUUUAAAAAUAUUAGUGUUUCGUAUUUUCCAGUUUAAUUUCUAUUUCUACAGAUUUUAAUUGUUUUGUGUUAAGAUUAAAGUUGAUACUAGUCAUUUGUGAUUGCACUUUUCUUGGAAAAGUAUGUUUUAUUGUAAAUUGAUGUGUUUUUUAAAUAGUCACGCUAAAUAUAGUUCUACUACUAUUGUUAUAAAUAUAUAUUAUAGUACUAGUCAUUUACUAGAAC